CUACAAUCGUUUAGUUGUUAUUCUGCUGCAGCUUCGGCUGCUCAACAGUUUACUCACCGAAAUUUUUUCGAGCAGCUCUACAUACUAAAUUUUUAUUUUUUUGAAAUCAAGUGUGAUGGUGAAAUAAAUGCAUAUAUAAUGGACCAAUAAAUCUGUGUUAAUAUAAGUUUAGUUUCUGUUAUGUGAAUUUUCGCAAUAUUUUUAUAGCCGGCUGUACAACUGCCAUAGCUACAGCAGAAGCCUGAUAUGCAACUUCCCUAAAUAUCUUUUUUUUCGCCAGCCAUCAGUAAAUGUCGCUUGGAAAAAUUGGUGCGUGCUUGAUUCACAACAACAAAUCGGCGCUACCAUUUCGAAAAACGAAAUUAUUUUGCAAAAGUGGUGUGAAUAACAGUUACUCAAGCUACAGCCGUCUACUUACCCAAAGCAGUCGUCGGAUCAAUAUGAAGAACGAAAGCGCCACCGAAGAUGCCCAAUAUCAAAUCUAUUGCCAUGGACCGCUGCUGCACACCAUACAAAUGGCGCACCUUUACAAGGACUCCAAAACUUUUGUGGACAUGAAGCUAAGAAAUCAUCCGGAUAAAACGUUGCAGGAUUUCAACGAAUUCAUGGCUGCCAAGAAUAAUACCCCCACCGAAGCGGAAAUACAAGACUUUGUUGAUACACACUUUGAAGAGCGCGGCAAAGAGUUCGAACCAUGGACGCCGGACGAUUGGAAGGAGCAUCCCGAAUUCUUAGAUAUGGUUAACGAUCCUGAUCUCAAGCAAUGGGGCUCCGAUUUGAAUGUUAUCUGGAAAAAGUUGGGUCGCAAAAUGAUCGAUGAUGUACACAAGAAUUCAGAAUAUUAUUCCAUCAUACCAGUCGAUCAUCCAGUUAUUGUGCCAGGUGGACGUUUCAUUGAAUUCUACUAUUGGGACUCCUAUUGGGUCAUACGCGGUUUGCUCUAUUCAGAGAUGUACGAAACGGCACGCGGCAUGAUCGAAAACUUCCUGUCCAUUGUACAAAGAUUCGGUUUCAUACCGAAUGGUGGUCGCGUGUACUACUUCGGCCGUUCACAACCGCCACUACUGACGGGUAUGGUUAAGUCUUACGUUGAAUUCACGAAAGACUACAGUUUUGCUGUGGAUUCUUUGGAUAUUUUGGAGCAUGAAUUUGAAUAUUGGAUGAAUAAUCAUAUCGUGCAGGCGAAAGGUUACGAUGUUGCAAUCUAUCGUGACAGUUCCUCCGGUCCACGUCCAGAAUCCUAUCGUGAAGACGUCGAGACGUCGCAAUUUUUCCAAACAGACGAGGAGAAGGAGCAACAUUAUUGCGAGUUAAAGGCUGGUGCUGAGUCUGGCAUGGAUUUCAGUUCGCGUUGGUUUAUAAACGAAAAUGGCACAAGCGAUGGUGAUUUAACAACUCUGAAAACACGCUCCAUUGUGCCCGUAGAAUUGAAUGCAAUAUUGUAUUGGAAUGCAAAAAUGAUUGCAGAAUUCCAUGAGAAGGCAGGAAAUGCCGCAAAGUCUGCGGAAUAUGAGCUGAAGGCUGCAAAGAUAUUCGAGGCCAUCCAAGUGGUGCACUGGAAUGAUGAGGCCGGCGUUUGGUUGGACUACGAUUUAAUCAAUCAGAAACCGCGUGACUACUUUGUGCCCACCAAUCUGGCACCACUCUGGACAGGUGCAUUCAAUGCUUUGGACUCGAAACGACUCUCGGCAUCUGUGCUAAAAUAUAUUGAAAAGUUGAAUUUGGACAGUUAUCCUGGUGGCGUGCCAAAUACUCUCGCAAAUACGGGCGAACAAUGGGACUUUCCAAAUGUUUGGGCACCAAUGCAAUAUCUGCUCGUUGUCGGUUUGGAGAACUUAGACACGCCCGAAGCAAAGAAUCUUUCAGAAAAAUGGGCACAUCGAUGGGUGAAGUCAAAUUUCGAGGCAUACAAACAGACGCAGGCGAUGUUUGAAAAGUACGAUGCAUUAAAAUUUGGAGGUCAUGGCGGCGGCGGUGAGUAUGAGGUACAAGAAGGCUUUGGCUGGAGCAAUGGCGUUAUUGUUGAAUUCCUGGCGAAAUAUGGCGGCGAGCUGUCACUUUCAAACAGUGCGGCACCAACAGGUGACGAUGCGCUAUGAAGCAAGAAUUUAAGAAACUACACAUACAUAGAACCAUCAGAAAUCUCGACUCAUUAUACAGUUCAUUUGUCUUUUGUUGUUGUUAUUGUCUCACAGCAUAUUGCUAAAAUAUUAUACAUACAUACAUAUUAUAUGUAAUUAGAAAAUAUUCACAUUGCAAUUGUACAAGAAAGAAAUUUACAAAAAAAAAAUGGAAAAACAAGUUAUUAAAAAUUGUA